AUGAGCGAAUCGCCCAUGUGCCUGUUCAUCGCGUGCUCCACGAGAGACAACACGAGCCGAGAGUACAUCUACACGAUCCUGAAGAACCGGCUUUUGGGUAGCCACGUGUGCAUCGACACGAACAUCCUGGAUGUCCCAACCAACCUCAAGUUCUGUUCCUUCGACGACUUGCUCAAAUGUGCAGACGACCUGCAAAAGUACGACAGUUACGCCUAUGGGUGUUUAAAAAAAAUAGAAAAACUUGCAAAAGAGUAUGAUGAAAAUAUAGAGCUAAAAAUUAUAUACCAGCGGCAGCAUAUUAACAUUGAUCAGUACAUAAGGCGCUUCAGUUGGGACGACGCCAAGUACCCACGGAACAGGUCCUUGACAGACACCAUCGACGUGAUGGUAAACAAUAUUACCAAGCUGUCGGACGAAAUUCAUAUAAAGUCUAACAUGCUGAACGAUUUAAAAGAAAAAAAAAAAAAAGAUAUUCCAAAAACGGAUACGAAUAAUUUUUUCCUAAAAAAUUUAAAUGAAAUUUUGACUCCACAGACGGUUAGCCAGGCAGACUUUAUGGAGACAGAAUACUUAACAACAUUAAUUGCGUACAUCCCAAAGAACUCUGUUGAGGAAUGGCUAGCUAGCUAUGAAAAAUUCUCAGAAUAUGUUGUCCCCAGAUCGACGGAACAGUUCAAAGGGUUAGUGGACAAGGAUGGAAACACCCUCUGGAAGGUUUACGUUUUUAGAAAAUUUGCCGAAAGUUUUAAAGAAGCGGCAAAAUUGAAAAAAUUCGUUGUAAAGUCUUUUAAGUAUGACGAGAAGAAGUACAACGACGUUAUGGAGAGUAGGACCAAGGUAGAGGCGGAAAUUAUACGACAAGAGACGUUCCUACGUAGGAUGUGUUUAGCUGCUUUUUCAGAUAUUUUUAGCGCCUUCAUUCAUAUUAACAUUUUGAGGGUCUUCUGCGAAUCGGUCCUUCGCUUUGGAGUGCCCCCUAACUUUGCCUCCUUCAGCAUACGCAUCAACGGGGAAAGCAAGGAAAAAAAAGUGCGCAAAAAAUUAUAUGAUAUAUUUUCCACCACCGACUCGAUAGGAAAGAAUUACAUUAAGCGUUCCGAUGAGAAUGAUGAAGAGAUAUACCCCUAUGUUUCGGUGUCCUUCAAAAUAUGA